AUUAAGUAUCUUCUUGAGACAAGCGUGUAUCCACGCGAGCCGGAGCCUCUGAAGGAAUUAAGAGCCAUCACUGCCAAUCAUCUAAGGGCUUUAAUGGGUACAGCACCAGAUGCAGGUCAAUUGAUAACUAUGCUUUUGAAUAUCAUAAAUGCCAAAAGGACUAUUGAAAUUGGAGUCUUCACUGGAUACUCCUUGCUCCUCACAGCUCUAUCCAUUCCUGAUGAUGGCAAGAUUAUAGCUAUUGAUCACAACCGAGGAACGUAUGAAAUUGGACUACCUGUCAUCAAAAGAGCAGGAGUUGAGCACAAAAUCAAUUUUAUCGAGUCUGAUGCUUUGCCCGUUGAGCCAUUCAUACUGAUAACAGUUCUAGACAAAUUGUGACUGCAAAGUCAUUAGAUUUAGUACAAAGUGAAAAUACCAUCAAAGUUACUGCACUCAAAAGUCAUAUUCCCAUCCAUUAUGAUUAUUUUAGUCAUACUUUGUCUCUAUUUCUUGAUAAAAGUAUAAAGAUACAAAUUUACACAUAAGACAUCAGCUAGUUUUAUGUAACCAAUUGCAGGAGAGUAACAUAGAGAGCCUUGACUUUGGUUAUGUUGAUGCUGACAAAGUGAAUUGCCCCAAGUAUCAUGAAAGGCUUUUGAGGUUAAUAAAGGUUGGUGGGAUCAUAGUAUAUGAUAACACACUUCGGGGAGGCUCUGUUGCAAUGCCAGAACACUCUGUUCCGGAGGGAGCGAAACCUGCCCGCCUUUAUGCAAUUGAGUUUAACACAUUACUGGCCUCUGAUGAUCGUAUUCAAAUUUCUCAUGUCCCCCUGGGUGAUGGAAUUACUAUAUGUUAUCGUCUGAAAUGAGCGGUGAACGGGGUUAUAGGUUGUUCUAUGUGUUUAAAGUUCAUAUAAAUCUGCAGAUAUACAUAUUGAUACAUAGCUGGCUUUUUCAUGAUCCUUCGGUUACAUACAUGUCACAUGUACUCCUUUGAUAUGUUUAAUUAUGCCAUAUACUUGUGG